GGCUGGUUAUAGUAAAAUCCUUUGCCAGAUGUUGUGGCCAGUUGUUUUCUCUUGGCUCUGUGACUCGCACGCUGUCAUCCUAGAAAACAGUGCUCCUGGCCUUGUGCACACAGACAGACAGAGCUUCCCAUCUGUCUAGAGCUGCGCAGGUUUUCCGAGGGAUUCUCAGCUGCUCGUGUUACACACUCCCGCAGCCCUGAGAAAUGAGUUGGUCAUGUUCGGAGCUGGACCUGAGCGACAUUCGCCUGAUAGUGUACCAGGACUGUGAGAGGAGAGGCAGACAGGUCAUGUUUGAUUCCAGAGCCGUUCAGAAGACGGAAGAGGCAGCUGCUCAGAAAACGGAAGAUGUCCCUGUUAAAAUGUCAGCCAGGUGCUGUCAAGAACGCGGGAGUGUUGGCAGCGGCGGCAGCUCUUUCCACAGCUCUGGAGGAUCUUUGCAGCACGCUAAGGAGCAGCUUCCGAAGUACCAAUACACGAGACCAGCGUCCGAUGUCAACAUGCUCGGGGAAAUGAUGUUCGGCUCUGUUGCCAUGAGCUACAAAGGCUCCACCCUGAAGAUACACUACAUACGUUCUCCUCCUCAGCUGAUGAUUAGUAAAGUCUUCUCGGCUCGAAUGGGCAGCUUCUGCGGAAGCACAAAUAACCUGCAGGACAGCUUUGAAUACAUCAACCAAGAUCCUCAGGUUGGAAAACUGAACAGUUUGGGUCCUUGUCGCGCUGGAAGUAACCUAGGUCUGCUGCAGGCGUGCAGCGGCAAGCUGCUGCAGGGGGUGUCCGAAGGAGGACCGCUCCGGCUCACCCGCAGCGCUUCUUUCUUUGCAGCACACAGCACACCGGUUGACAUGCCCAGCAGAGGUCAGAAUGAAGACAGGGACAGCGGCAUUGCUCGAUCAGCUUCGCUGAGCAGCCUUUUGAUCACACCCUUCCCGUCCCCAAGCUCCUCUACGUCCUCUUCCAGCAGCUAUCAGCGCCGCUGGCUUCGAAGUCAGACGACGAGUUUGGAAAAUGGCAUCUUUCCAAGGAGAUCAGCGGAUGAGAUGUUUAGCUUGGCUGACGAAACCUCUAGCUCCAAUCCAGCCAUAGUGAGAAGGAAGAAAAUUGCCAUCAGCAUCAUCUUUUCCUUGUGUGAGAGAGAAGCAGCACAGCAGAACUUCCAGGACUUCUUUUUCUCCCACUUCCCCCUGUUUGAAUCUCACAUGAACAGGCUGAAGAGUUCCAUUGAGAAGGCCAUGAUCUCCUGUAGGAAGAUUGCAGAAUCAAGUCUCCGUGUCCAGUUUUAUGUGAGCCGUCUAAUGGAAGCUCUGGGAGAAUUCAGAGGGACUAUCUGGAACUUGUAUUCUGUUCCAAGGAUAGCCGAACCAGUGUGGCUUACCAUGAUGUCGAGUACGUUGGAAAAAAACCAGCUCUGCCAGCGCUUUCUCAAGGAGUUUAUACUUUUGAUCGAGCAGGUCAACAAAAACCAGUUUUUUGCCGCCUUACUGACUGCAGUGUUAACCUACCACUUGGCCUGGGUACCAACUGUCAUGCCUGUUGAUCACCCCCCGAUUAAAGCCUUCUCCGAGAAGCGUACCUCUCAGUCGGUGAACAUGCUGGCCAAAACACAUCCAUACAAUCCUCUCUGGGCCCAGCUGGGUGACCUUUAUGGAGCGAUAGGCUCUCCGGUGAGACUGACCCGCACAGUGGUGAUUGGAAAGCAGAAGGAUUUGGUCCAGCGCAUCCUGUAUGUUCUGACCUACUUUCUCCGCUGUUCGGAGCUACAAGAGAAUCAGCUGACCUGGAAUGGGACUCCUAGUGAGGAUGACCAGGUUAUAAAUGGGAGCAAGAUUGUAACAGCCUUGGAAAAGGGAGAGGUGGAAGAGUCUGAGUACGUGGUUGUCACGGUGAGAAACGAGCCUGCCCUCGUGCCGCCCGUCCUACCGCCAGUGACCACGGAGAGGAGGAGCCCGGAACCUACAGGAGUGGCCGAGACCCCAGAGGGCGCGCGUACUCGUGAACUGGGUCACAGUCCUGAGAAAAACAAGUGCAAGAGGCCAGAGCAGAGUUCUGAGGCCAGCAGUGUGGGAUUCCAAGAGGCAGAACCUGACAGUUCCUGGACACGUCAAAGUGUAUUCUGUGAGGACAGCCAGGAUGAUCAAGAGGCACCCCAAGAUGGCUCUUCAAGACCUUCCAGCUGUGAGGUUCCCAGGGUAAGAACAAGGAUGGAUCCUCGCGCUGUCCAUGAGGAGGUGCUACAGAAAGCAACUGACAGAUCGUCAGCCUGGCCCUGCCCUGACAGACGUUCCCAGGAGGAGCCUUCUGUUGAAAAGGUCACUUUCCACAUUGGAAGCUCCAUCUCUCCAGAGUCUGACUUUGAAAGCCGCACCAAAAAAAUGGAGGAACGGCUAAAGACCUGUGGCCCAUUCCAUGGGACUAGUGCCUCUGCCAGGCCUAACAUGGACACCGGCCUGGCUCAAGACCAGCAGGGCUCUAGGUGUUCCUCCAAAGCUGACUUUCAAAGGGACAUCGCCCUUUCUCAGGACCAGUUCUCAGGGGGAGAAGGUGUCCCUGAGGACAGACGCCUCCAAGCCAACAUUGUGGCAGGUGCUGUGGGACAGCUUAGCCAAGCUCAAGGCCCCCUCGAACCUUCUAGCUGUGCAGCAGCCGGUGGCCAGAAACCACUGGAACACACUGGAGAUGUGCAAUUAAAAGGCAAGAAAAGACCUUCAUCACAGCCUGUAAACACAUGUAGACAGCAGGGUGGCCUGCUGGGUGCUUCACAUGUCCCCUGUGGGGAUGCCAGUGGUAAGGCCCACUUCAGGAUGGAAGGAGACAUUCCCAGGAAUGAAAGCUUGGAUAGUGCUCUCGGAGACAGUGACGAUGAGGUGUGCGCGUUAGCCCCGCUAGACCUAGGUCACGGUUGUGGCGGGACUGAAGGGUCCUUGGAAGUGGAGCUGCCUCUGCCAAGGUCUCAGAGCACCAGCAAACCAAGUGUUAGAAAUUUUGGCCGCUCACUUCUGGCGGGUUACUGCGCUACGUAUAUGCCGGAUUUGGUGCUGCAUGGAACCGGCAGUGAUGAGAAGCUGAAGCAGUGCCUGGCAGCUGAUCUGGUUCACACGGUGCAUCAUCCAGUGCUUGACGAGCCCAUAGCCGAAGCCGUCUGUAUCAUCGCCGACACGGAGAAAUGGACCGUCCAGGUGGCCACGAGUCAGAGGAAGGUGAUGGACACCAUGAAGCUAGGCCAGGAUGUCUUGGUCUCCAGCCAAGUGUCCUGUUUGCUCCAGUCCGUCCUGCAGCUCUACAAGCUGCACCUUCCUGCCGACUUUUGCGUCAUGCAUCUGGAAGACAGACUGCAGGAGAUGUACCUUAAGAGCAAAAUGCUUUCCGAGUAUCUCCGGGGACACACGCGUGUGCACGUGAAAGAACUGAGUGUGGUGCUGGGGAUCGAAUCUAACGACCUGCCUCUGCUGACCGCGAUUGCCAGUACUCAUUCUCCCCACGUGGCGCAGAUCCUCUUAUAACCGGCCGCAGGACUGUUCUUGGAAACCGAGUCGGAAGAGUGAGCUCUCGGUGACGGCAAAGGCGUGGGAGCACGACGGAGAAGACACGGAGCUGCGACGGAGUGGCUGUCUCAUCAGGAGGCUUGUGCUCACUUGGAGCAAGGGGCAGCUUGUGAUUGCUCGGGUGUGUUCUGAGCCUCUGCUUCCCCGGAGUCAAAAGAAAGUGACCUUCCUGGUGGGAGGAACAUCAGCACUACAGUCAGACUAAGCAGACGACUCUGGUGCUGUUGGGCAGAAUAUUGAGGGCUGACUUUGGAGUGGGGGUAGCCAAUGAAUAGAGCAUUCCGUUAGGAAAAUGUUUCCUGUGUAAGCAUGAGAGAGCAUGAAGUAUUGCUCUAAGAAGAAGCAGGAUUCUAGGUCGGAGCUCUCUUUACAGAUGCUGCUGUGAAGAAAGCCACAUUGUGCCGCUGUCUGCUCUGUGCUGUGUCACAUAGGAUGUGGAAGGGGAUUGCCUGUUAGGAAGAGAUCUUUGUCACCCUCAGUUUGCUGUGGUCCCAGUGCAGCCACACGCAGAUCUGAGGGACUGCUGGUGCAAUAAAGCCCAUGCAUGAUUCCGUCUAGCACCCGGUGCUCAUAGCGGGUGCAGCAGACCGCAUCGGCCUGUGCAGUCUAACACUGGGUAAUCACCCUCAGCUUUAGUGUCCGCAGCCUUCUCCAGAAAGACCUUCUACCAAAGUUGCUCCCAUGAGCUCAGGCUAGCGCCUCUGGCUGAGCCCUCCUAGCCCGAGCUGCUUUCCUCCUGCGAGUCCAUGCAGACGCUGCCUGCGGCUGCCUGUGCUGAAAAGUGCGUCUGCCCACUGGAAAGUGAGCCCUGCAGCGGCUCGGAGGAAGCAAGCAGGCAGUUUGGACUUGUAGAAGCAAUCCAUGCGCGGUCUGUUUUUACACGAUCAGCUCUGCACUUUUUAAAACAUCUUUCCAGAAACUGACCGUGUACAAACCUUGCCCACGGUGAACUGUAAAAACCCAAAGAACCUUAGACUACUGAGCGUAAAACAGUCUGUGUCCAAGACUUUAAAAACAAAAUCUGGUGUUUAAAUGCCAGGAGCCAGUCAGGUCAAGUCAAACCGUGUCAGGUCCUUAGGCCUGGCCUUUGGUGCUUGAGAAUGUGGGAUAGCGUCCAGGGGGCUCAGACGACUUCCUAGUUUAUAUCUGAUAAAAUCCUGAUCCAUGUGACAGUUGUCUCUAUUCGUUGAGAGCGUGUGCUCCUGUGGACAAAUGCCUACGUCAUCUCUUAGUAGGCUAGAGCGUGAUGCUCUCUCUCUCUCUCUCUCCCUUCCCCUCCUGCUCCCUCUCCCGUUCACCUUUUGUGAUUUGCAAAAGGUGCCUCAAGGCACUUAAGAUCUUUAAUUUGCAUUUUUUUGUGUUUCACAAAAUGGCGAUGUCCCGUUCUUUGAGAUCUUUCCGUGUUCUGUGAGCCAGCCUUUGAGUUACUGAUUCCCAUUUGCUGGCUCCACGAUGUCAUCCUUUGCUGGGGAAAUCCCAUUUUGGUCUCAGCUCUCUGAGCUCGUGUUUUUCCUCUUUUUUCCACGCUGCGGAGGAACUGUCAAAGCAGAGGUCAGCCUUCCACCCUCGCCAGCUCACAGUGCUCCCCGCUCCCCUCCUUUCUCCCGGCUUCUCUCGUUUACACAUGGAUACUGCCUCAUCACCAUCUUCUGAGGUUCUGGAGAAAAGAACUCAAUGCACGAUCAUUCGGUUCUCGUGUUGACAGCCAGACCUGAGGAGCUGAGCUGUCGGCAGGUUACUUCUCAGCCUCGUGCUUAAAAAUUUAGCCUGGGCCUUCAGAUCCUACAAAACAACCUGCCUCUUACUCUAACGUUCCAAAUUUCAGAAAAGCUGGGCGGUCACAUGGGGUUACCUCAGUGGCCUCUCUUGCUGCUGCAAAGGAGGACACGCUCGCUGCUUCUCUCCUGGCUCCCAAGGUGUGGACCGGCCACAUUUUGUCUUAAUGUCAGCCUGUUCUCAGAAGCGCAGCAGCAAAGGAGUAUCUCAUGGACUUGUGUUGAGACGCCCACGCCGCCGUGCAUCACGGAUGGCUUUGUUCCAUCACAGCUGGAGAGUCCAAAAGGGACCCCACCUUCUCCUAGACCCAACUCAAGGGAAAAAAAUAAAUGAAAAUGUUUUUUUAAACGUUGAAAUUAAUCUACCUCAGUUGACAGGAUUCCGCCCGCCCGCUCGGACGUCUUACCUGCUGUGUCACUGCUUGUUGGACUGAGCAGCCAGUGAGGCGGGGCGGACGGGGCGGAGGUGUCAGUGUUCCUGUGAUGACCUCUUUCCAGCAUGUUGCGGUUUAUACGCGAUAAGUCGGUAAGUGAUAUGAAUGUAUAGGCAAUUGUGUUUUAAAAAAAUGACAAUGAACGUUGAAAAUGUAGCUUCCAGAUUCCAAAGUAUCUUGUCUCAUCAGUGUUACGCGGCUUUUGUACAGCUCCAGCCCGUGUUUCAGAAGUGUGCUGUUUAUACUGACAGGAGCUCAUCUUCUCACGCCUCACGGAGCUGCUGUUUACACAUCACAACUUUUUAACCUAACCGUGUUUUUCAGAAUUCGCUUUUUUUUUUGGAGGGAGGAAAUUCCCCACUUGCUAAAUGAUCCUCAAUUUGUUGUCUGGGCUUUUAAAAAUCAGGUCUUCAAAUUUUAUAAACUAGUCUGUAGCUUUUUAGGUUCUUCGUUAGUUGGAUGUACAUAAGGAAUAUAAAAUGACCCUCAAAUUCUUUCAGAUGUCUGGGGUUUGUCUCCACCAAUGCACACUCGGGAUUGUGUUCACACGGACUUCAUCGUGAAAUCAAAAAGGUCCAUGGCAUCUCUUAGUCAAUGUGAAAUGGUUUGUUUGAUUUUUUUGUGCUUGGCAGAAAAGACAUUUUAAUACAAUUUUUACUUAAAGCAGCCUCCCUGAAUGUUAAUUUUUAAUAUGUUAAAAUUUGUUGAACAUCUGGAACGUGCGUCUGCAUUAUGUUUAAAUUUCAGUGUUUUAAAAAGGAAAAAUUCUGGGAUAUAUUAUUAUUGAACUUUCAUUAAGAGAAAUUUAUAGGACUUUUUUUAAAUCAGUUGAAUGGAUACUCAUGUCAGUGUGGAUUUUUUUCCUUAAAGCAACAUUCAUGUAUUAUUUUAAUCCAUUUUUUCUGUGACAUUUGGUGCAAUAAACUUUCUGAAUUUAUCUUGCAAA